AUGAGCUCGGCUGAGGCCUUGGAAACAUCGGACGCGACGCCUGAUGUCGCGUCUGAGACUCCAACUGGUGGUGAAGCAGAAACAGCGGAGGGAGAAAAUACGACACAGGGACGACGACCGAGGCGCCAUCGUGGUCGACACGCGAAGGAUCCCUUAGGACAGUCAAUCCAGUACAGAUGCCAGGGGACCAAUGAUUUCGAAGAGAAAUUGCGCGAAUAUCUAUCUAAUCCUACAAGUGACCCCGAGCAUAUGACUUUGGAAUUCUUGUUUCCUGUCACUGCUGCCUUUAUGGUGCCGGCCAGAGAGCCCAAGGGAAAUAGACCUGUGCAUGACAGGACUCCUUAUAUGUACAGUGCAUUCAAUAAGACCGCCAUCAGCGUGGCCGACGCAUUGCAACAUAGUGGGGAUCCCAAAGAGCAAAUGCUCACACAAAAAGCCAUCUCCAAAACUCUCGUUGAGACUGUCCAAGAAGCGGACGGUUAUCAUUACAGCUUCCACAACUACUGGGUCAGCCGGGAGGAUCAAGCCUGCAGGUUCUCAUAUUUCUGCAACGAUUCGGUCCUCAACAAAGGUAGGGCUGCCAAUGAAGGGGCAUCCAAAAUCAGGCAAGGAGUCAAGGUCAGAAAGCCAGUAUGGGAUUGUCAAGGAACAGUUGCGGUCAAAUUUUCCUUGACAAAGAUGAGCCUGGAGGUGCAUUACAAGCACAUUCCGAUGCACCCUACCUUCGACGAACGAGCUCCAGCUCCGCGCAAUGGUAGCAAGCGGAAAAGAAUGUUAGAGAUCUUCCAUCCGGACAAGCUCCCGAAGUUCAAGCCGAGAGAAAAGAAGAAAAAGCCAGACGCCCCACACAAAGAACCAGCCAAACGUGGGCGGCCACGGAAAGUACGAGAUCCAGCAGUCCAGCCGGCGCAUGAGUCAGCACCACACUCAAUGAGAGACAGCAGUUUACAGCCCCUUUUCGAUUUCUUAGGGUCUGCCGAACAAGCCAUGAACGGUACGGCGGAGACACCUGUCAAUGCUGACCGAACCACCCAGCCUGGACCAGCAGUCGCUGACCAUAGUGUCUCUGAACAAAAUGGUACGCCUGCAGCCGCGGAAACACCAGGGACUGGCUCUCAGCAUGCGUUUCCGGGCAUGAUGUCCGGAUUCAUGUCAGGUGAGCAGCUCACUUGGAGCAGCAAGAAGAGACCACGGGCCCGCAAGAGCGCAGCCGCAGCUUCUGGAGCUGGCACUACCUCCUCAACGCCCAUACAGACCUCCGGAGGGGCUCCCUUGUCAGAGGUUGAAGCACUCAAGUUGAGACUGCUGGAGGCAGAGCAGAAGAUCAAAGACCUCGAGACUGGGAAAUUGAAGACUGUAACACCAAUCACCUGGAAUGCACCACCACCUAUGCAGCAAACAGCCUCAAAUAAUGGCUACCCUCAACCAUAUUAUCCUCCACCACCGCCUCAAUACCCUCCCCAACAAUGGCCCUACGCUUCUCCUCAUCAGCAGCAAGCAACACCUCCUGCCCAUCACCCGCCCACACAGCCAUUGGGACCAACUCCGAGUCCGCAACCCACCCCAAAUUCCGUAUCGGCACCUAAACCUACACCCUUCUACGGCUUCGUGCCAAAUCCGGAAGCCCCCGCAGCAUUUCAAGCUUUGAAUGCUCGCAAGAUCCAGCCGAAGCGUAACAAUCUUGCACAAUCACAAAACAUGCAAUCAUCAAGUCAUCCGCAGAGCCAUCAACCAUGCCCGAGUCCGUCGCAGUUGCCUUCAGCACCUAAUCAGCCGGCAAACAUGCACUCGGCUCAGGGGAUGCCUCAAGCACAAGCAAUCCGGCCUCAACCACCCAUGGUACUAUCUACUUCACAACAACCUCAAAAUAUGCAAGCAGCUUUGGAUGCCCAGAACUCUUCAGUGCCUUAUGCCCCCCAGAAUAGAGUUGCGAGCACAUCUUCCACAUCUUGA